ACGAAAGACCGGAGGGCUCGCAAUCGUCCUCCCUUGUCGGCCGUGAUUGAAAUGGGUCAAUCGCUAAAUGGCUAAAUGGUUAAACGGCCUGAAAUGUGUCAAAUGGCCCGAAGACUGCGGAACAGCAACCAGUUGCAGCCACAACUCAGAGCCUGGCUAAUAAACGCAACCGCAUUCUGGCUCGAACCAGAAGCACUCGGGCGAAACCACUCGACUCAACUGGCACCUGUUUUACCUGCACUUGUUUUGGCCAAGAGUCAGAGAGUGAGAGAGCGUGGUGAGUUGGCCCGAGCAGCCGGCGAUCGAGGCAGAGGUGAGUUUGACCUGCACCAACCUGGCCAACACCGCCUUUCGGCCAACGUCAACUUUCUACGCGAUCUUCAGUUGUUUGAGCAGCCCCGAAGCGAGCGGUGCGAGAGUUGCUCCUCUUCAUUAUAUAUUUUCCUACAAGAAUUUAAUCGAAUCCGAUCAGAUCGAUCGAGCGAUCGCGAGUGCACGUAAUUGGAGCAAGCGGAUUGCCCGUUAAUUGCUGGCGACAGUAAUUGCAGACCGCUUAAGGUGUUCCGCGGUGCGUGCGGUUAAUGUGUCAAUUGAUUGAUUGCUCCGCGGUUGUUCGUGAUUGUCCGGGAUUGUCCGUGAUUGUCCGUGAUUGAGGCGCGAUGCUCGCGAAGAAGCGCUGGUGGAAGAUCCGCCUGCCGCAGGUGGUCAAGCAGGACCAGUCGCGGAACUACCGGGACAUAGUGAACCUCAGCGAGAACGCCUCGGUGCUGGCCAACACGAUCAGCGACGGCUCCACCACCACCACCACCGAGAGCAGCGGCAGCCCCACCCGCCACCGCAGCUGCGACAGCCUGUCGAAGAGCUCCCAGGCGGAGGCGGGCAAGCUCUUCCCCCGCAACAUGCCCAGCAUUCGAAGGAGUCGUCGGAGGGCCGUCUCCGCCGAGAGGGAGCGCCUGGCCAGCCGGGAGCGGGUGGAGCAGGAGCAGGUGCAGCCGCCCAAGAUGCCGGAGGUGAGGGAAGGGCAGCAGUCGCGCCUCUCGACGGUGACCAAACUGACUCCUCGGAAGCCGAGUGGCAAGGCAUCCUGCUCCAAGAACCGGGGAAACCCGUCUGCGGCGAAGUGCAUCAUCAAGUCGGCGGUGCGCACCAAGACCAAGCCGAAGCCCAAGAUAACGCUGGCGCCCUACGAGAUUGCCUUGGAGCUGCCCAACGAGUCGCCCGCUCCCACUUUGGCCAUGGCAGUGGCCCAAUCCGCAGGGGGAGAGAAGGGCAAGACCGGCGGGGAGGAGCAGUUCCACUCUUCGGGGAUCUCCUGCAACGGGGAGACCGACGACGACGUGGAGGUGGCCAUGCUGACGGGCAGCCUCAGUGCCUCCCAGAUGGCCAGGAUCCAGGGGCAGAGGCGGCAGGAGGUGUCCCUGCUCUUCGGGGACCUGAGGAACCUGAACCUCUGCCGCAACCGGAAUGCCGUCUGGCUGAAUCCCAAGGACACGGAGCAGCUGGUCCAGGCGGACCGGAGGGAGGCGCUCUGCUACUUCAACAAGGCCAUUGCCGACGAUAUCCAGCUCAGCGAUAUUGAAGAACAAUUGGCCAGGUUUGAUGGCCACUCAAAGAGGCCGCCACCGCCAGCAGCCAAAGCCCCCCAGACGAGCCAAGCCAAUCGGAAAUUCAAGCCCACGCCCGCACCCCGUUCCACCGGCAACAUGCAACAGACCCCGCAGCAACAUCCGCAGCAGCCACUGCAGCAGCAGCAGCAGCAGCAGCAGACACACCUUCCGCCCAGCAGCAGCUACUACACGCAGACGGAGAGCGAGUUGCUGCAGAUCGAGGCGGGCGGAACCGGGCUGACCUUUGCCACCCACUCGCAGCAGCCGACGUCUCUGGGCAGUCAGGUGGCAUCCACGUCCAAUCUCGACGUGCCCUCGGUCGCCUCCAGCGGCAGCGGGGGAAGUGGGGGGAGCGGAGGGGCCCCGGGAUCAGCGAGCCACUUUGUGUCGCCCCUGCAGCGCCGCCACUGCCAGCCGCCCAGCCACCUGCCGCUCAACUCGGUGGCUUCUCCGCUGCGCACCGCCAGCUACAAGUCGGCGGCAUCUGCCGCGGGACACGGCUUCCACCACAGCCACCACCAGCAGCUCGACUUCCAGCGGAACUCGCAGUCCGACGACGACAGCGGCUGCGCCCUCGAGGAGUACACGUGGGUGCCACCCGGUCUGCGGCCCGACCAGGUCCGCUUGUACUUCAGUCAACUGCCAGACGACAAAGUGCCCUACGUCAACAGUCCCGGCGAAAAGUAUCGUGUCAAGCAAUUGCUGCACCAGCUGCCGCCGCAAGAUAACGAAGUGCGCUACUGCCACUCGCUGAGCGACGAGGAGCGCAAGGAGCUGCGCAUCUUCUCGGCCCAAAGGAAGCGGGAGGCGCUGGGAAGAGGGGCGGUCCGGCUGCUGUCCGACGAGCGGCCCUGCAAGGGGUGCGAGGAGCCUUUGUCGGGCGGUGACAUCGUGGUCUUCGCCCAGAGGUUGGGCGCCCAGUUGUGCUGGCACCCCGGCUGCUUCGUGUGCAGCGUCUGCAAGGAGCUCCUGGUGGACCUCAUCUACUUCCAGCGGGACGGCAACCUCUACUGCGGUCGCCACCACGCCGAAACCCAAAAGCCCCGCUGCUCCGCCUGCGAUGAGAUCAUCUUCUCGGACGAGUGCACGGAGGCGGAGGGCAGGACGUGGCACAUGAAGCACUUCGCGUGCCAGGAGUGCGAGCACCAGCUGGGCGGCCAGCGGUACAUCAUGCGGGAGGGCAAGCCGUACUGCCUCGGCUGCUUCGACACGAUGUUCGCCGAGUACUGCGACUACUGCGGGGAGGUGAUCGGGGUGGACCAGGGCCAGAUGAGCCACGACGGGCAGCACUGGCACGCGACGGACCAGUGCUUCAGCUGCUGCACCUGCCGCUGCUCCCUGCUGGGCAGGCCCUUCCUCCCGCGGCGGGGCACCAUCUACUGCUCCAUCGCCUGCAGCAAGGGAGAGCCUCCCACGCCCUCGGACACCAGUUCGGGUCCCCAGCUGCGGCCCACGCACCGCGCCUCCACCUCCAGCCAGAUAGCCAGGUCCCCCCGCAGGGGAGGAGAGCGGGACAGGGAGCGGGAAAGGGACAGGGAGCGGGAGAGGGAGCGGGACACCGGAAGGAAGAGCCACCAUGGCCACCCGAAGACGACGGGCAGUGCCGGCGAUCUGCUCGAGCGGCAGGAGCGGCAGCGCAUGGAGGCGGCGGGCGUGGCGGACCUUCUGCUCGGAGGAGGGGUGCCCGGCAUGCCACGCCCCGCCCAUCCGCCGCCCAUCGACCUCACCGAGCUGGGCAUCAGCCUGGACAACAUCUGCGCCGGCGACAAGUCCAUCUUCGGGGACACCCAGACGCUAACCAACUCCAUGCCGGACAUGCUGCUCUCGAAGGCAGAGGACUCGCACAGCUACCAGAGCAUCGACAAGAUCAACCUGAACUCGCCGAGCAACUCGGACCUCACGCAGAGCACCCAGGAGCUGGCCCACGAGCUGGAGCUCGACCAGGAGCCGGUGGGGGAGCUGCCCCACGACGGCUACGAGCAGCUCUUCUCCAGCAACCGCGGGCAGGAGCACCAGAUGCCAGGCGAUCAGGAGCUGGAGGAGGAGCAGCUGGACAACCGGCCGCUGAAGGAGGUGCGCUUCCACAGCGUCCAGGACACGAUGUCGCGCUCCAAGAGCUACACGGACAACUCGAACGCAAGGAGGAGGAGGAGGCGGCGCAACCAGUCGCGCAGCUCCUCGGAGAUGCAGAUCAACCAGACGAACCUGCGGCUGCACAACGCCCAGACGCAGGUGGGAUCGGGGGCUCUCAACCUGCUGAACAACCUGGACAACUGCGACGUGGCCAGCAUCUGCUCCACCUGCUCCUCGAGCUCCUCCAGCGACAUGGACGACUACGUCUACCGGCUGCCCGCGCGGAAGCACUACGGCGGAGUCCGGGUGGCCUACGUGCCCAACGACGCGCUGGCCUACGAGCGGAAGAAGAAGCUGGCCCAGGACCCCUCGCUGCCCUCCAGUGGAGGCAGUGCGUCCGUGGGCGGGGCGCCGGCGAUCAUGCACGAGAGCAAGAACUGCACGAUCUCCUGACCGCCCCCGCUCCUCCCGCCGCCGCCCUUCAACCUGAGCAGCUACUACAUCCUGGACACGAUCCUCGAGGAGCAGAGCCUCAUGCUGCCGGAGAA